GUCAUAUGACCUAUUAAAGGUCCCGUCAGUCGUCCGUUUCUUCAGUCGAUGUCGGGUUUGCUGCUCUGCAUUUCAAAUAUGGUUUUGUCUGCCUAGGAAUCCCCCCUUUAUAUUUUAAUAUUUUCUUUUUUUUUUUUUUCAAAUUGUGUAUACAUUUUUUUUUUGGGGGGGUAGACAGUAAAGAGACACUUGCACGUUCUUGUUCGGAAUUAUCAGUUUUCUUUUAAAAGGAUGUCUGCACUUACAUACAGAAUUACCAGACUGAGCUCAAGGAAGCAGAAGAGGACCAGUCGGACUGUUAAAGCGCAGACUUCUUCGAAACGCAAAAGCUGUUCGGGAAACCUUCACCCAGGUGAACAGCGGACAAGUUUAUCACAUGAGUUAUCACACAGCAAUGCAAAUCAGAAACAUGUCAUUCGAUAUCACUUACGGCGACGAGAAGUUGCGGAAAUUACAGUUCCAUCGCUGGCCACGCCCCCUGUUCCGACCAAAAGAAGGAAGCAGACGAAGGUUACAUGUGGGACUGAUACAAAUACGUCAGGGGAGGAGUACUUCCAGGAUAAAUUACCCGAUGAAGUGAUGCUGAAGAUUUUUAGUUUUCUAUUAGAGUUUGAUUUGUGCCGAGCUGCUCAAGUUAGUAAAAGAUUCCGUACCAUAAGCAAUGACAGUGAAUUAUGGCGAGUUCUAUACAAAGAUGUGUUUGAGUACGACAAGCCAUUGAUGAAUCCUGAUUCGAAGACAUUUAACUUUGUCUCACCUGAAGAACAAAAGAAUCAAAACUCAUGGAAAGAAAGUUUUUGCCAGUUGUAUCAUGGAAUUCACGUUCGUCCCGGAUAUCAGAAUUUUUAUAAUCCGAAAAGGAAACGUCUGAAGGGGAGAAGUAUAACGUGUGUGGAUACAGUGGAGAAAGCUUUUUCUUAUGUUGACAGCAGUAAGCCAUUAAUAUUUGUCCAUUCUGGUGUAUACGAAGGGGAAUAUUUAGCAGUCGAUAGUAACAUAUCUGUGAUUGGUGCAGGUACGUAUCGAAUCUCUUUUUCACCUGAUAGCAGCUCAUCUGUCCCUCAUCAUAAACAUUAUGCUCUUGAAGUCCAAGACAACUGUUCACCUACUAUUGACCAUUGUCGCAUCAAGAGUACCUCGGUGGUUGGUGCUGCUGUUUGUGUGUCGGGUAUGGGGGCCGACCCCCACCUCAAGCAUUGCAUUAUCAAAGACUGCGAGAAUGUUGGCUUGUAUGUCACUGAUCAUGCACAGGGUACAUAUGAAGACAAUGAAAUCUGUGGGAAUGCUUUGGCAGGGAUCUGGGUAAAGAAUCAUGCUAAUCCUGUGAUGCGACGGAAUCACAUACAUCAUGGCAGAGAUGUCGGCAUAUUCACAUUUGACAAUGGAUUAGGAUUUUUUGAAAGUAAUGAUAUUCACAAUAACCGUAUUGCUGGCUUUGAGGUGAAGGCCGGUGCCAACCCGACUGUUAUGCGGUGUGAAAUACAUCAUGGCCAAACUGGUGGUAUCUAUGUUCAUGAAAAUGGUCGCGGCCAGUUUAUAGAGAAUCGUAUUCAUUCCAACAAUUUUGCUGGUGUGUGGAUAACGUCAAACAGUGAUCCUUCCAUCAGGAAAAAUGAAAUAUUCAAUGGCCACCAGGGUGGUGUGUAUAUAUUUGGUGAAGGAAGAGGUUUAAUAGAAUACAAUGAUAUAUAUGGUAAUGCAUUAGCGGGAAUUCAAAUUCGGACAAAUAGUAACCCAAUUGUACGACAUAACAAAAUCCAUCACGGGCAGCAUGGAGGUAUAUAUGUGCAUGAGAAGGGCCAAGGUUUGAUUGAAGAAAAUGAAGUCUAUUCCAAUACAUUAGCUGGUGUGUGGAUCACAACAGGCAGCCAACCAAUCCUCCGCAAGAACAGAAUACACAGUGGGAAGCAGGUUGGAGUUUAUUUCUACGACAAUGGCCAUGGAGUAUUAGAAGACAAUGAUAUAUUUAACCAUCUUUACUCAGGAGUUCAAAUAAGAACUGGAAGCAACCCUCUUAUCCGUCUAAACAAGAUCUGGGGAGGUCAAAAUGGUGGCAUUCUUGUCUAUAACAGCGGACUAGGAAUGAUUGCUCAUAAUGAAAUAUUUGACAAUGCCAUGGCUGGGGUAUGGAUUAAGACAGAUAGUAACCCUGUUCUACGCAAUAAUAAAAUACACGAUGGCAGAGACGGUGGUAUUUGUAUUUUUAAUGGUGGUAAAGGUAUCCUUGAAGAGAACGACAUAUUCCAGAAUGCUCAGGCUGGGGUGCUGAUCAGUACACAGAGUCAACCAUCUCUCCGUCGGAACCGAAUCUUUGAUGGUCUUGCUGCUGGUCUGGAGAUCACAAACAAUGCAACUGCUACGUUAGAGGAGAACAAAAUAUUUAACAAUAAAUUUGGUGGACUUUGUCUUGCCAGUGGUGUCAAUCCUAUUUUGAAAGAUAAUAUCAUCACUGGUAACCACAAUAUGGUUGAGAAAGCUGUUGAUUCCGGUCAAUGUCUCUACAAAAUAUCAAGUUGUACCAGUUUUCCAAUGCAUGAUUUUUACAGAUGUCGGACAUGCAAUACCACUGACCGAAACGCCAUCUGUGUAAACUGUAUCAAAAACUGUCAUGCUGGGCAUGAUGUCGAGUUUAUUCGGCACGACCGCUUUUUCUGUGAUUGUGGCGCUGGCACACUAAAUAACCAAUGCAAAUUGCAGGGGGAGCCAACACAAGACACAGACACUCUUUACGACUCUGCCGCCCCAAUGGAAUCUCAUACACUCAGAGUCAACUAGAAUGAAAUUAUUAUUACCACGAUUAUUAUUGGUGUUAUUAUUACUAUUAUUAUUAUUAUUAUCAUUAUUAUUAUUUUUAUUAUAAUUAUUACUAUUAUUAUUAUUAUUAUUAUUACAAUUAUUAUUAUUCUCAUGUCAUGUAUUUUGAAGAAAAAAAAAAGCAUCUCUUGACCGUCUAUCUGACCGUCUAUCUUGACCGUCUAUCUGACCGUCUAUCUCUUGACCGUC